AUGAAUUUCUCAUAUGGAUUUGUUGUUAUACUUUUUCUUUUCUUUUGUAGUUUUGCUCAAAAAUUUAGUAUUAUUAAAAAAGGUAAUUCCAUUGAAAUAACUAAAGGAGCAAUUCGUGGGAGUGUUGCAUGGGGAAGUUAUGAAAAUACAGUUAAUAGUACAGGGUGGGGAGUAUUAAAUAUUCAUACAAAUAAAAAGUAUUCACCAGAAGAACAAGCAUUUGCAGCGGGAUAUAUUGAAUCAUAUUUAACUCAUCAAUGGAUAUGGAUAUAUUGGCAAAACUAUUUAAAAAAUGAAUAUAAACAUGGAAUAAAAAAAAACAUUAGAAGGUUUAUGUCACUUCAAUUUAAUUUUUGGAGAAAACAUAUUAAAAAUAAUGACAAUGAUGAUAUGUAUUGGAAGAAUCAAAAAUUAAUUUUUGAACAAUUUAGAGGAUUAUGGAAUGGGUAUAAAAAAUUUGGUAAAGAACCUAUGACAUUAGAAGAGUUAUACUUUUUAAAUUCUGUUGGGGAUUUACCAACUAUUACUGAUAAAUUUGAAAAGAUUCAUAGUGAAAAUUCAAUGUUAGAUUUACAAGAUAAAAAUCCUGAUGAACUUUACCAUGAAUGUAGUGCAUAUAUUAAAUAUAAUAAUAAAAGUAAUGAUAUUAUUUUUUCACAUAAUACAUGGAGACCAUAUUAUGCAAUGUUAAGAAUUUAUAAACAUUACUUUUUUCCAUGGACUAAAAAUGCUCAGCCAAUGAGUUUUGCAAGUAGUCCUGGAUUAAUUCAUUCAAAAGAUGAUUUUUAUUUACUUAGUAAUUCUCAACAAAAAAGGUUUGGUGUAAUGGAAACUACUAAUUCAUUUUUUUUAAAAAAACUUAAUGAAAGAAUUACACCAAAUUCUCUUCUUUCAUGGCAAAGAAUUCUUGUUUCAAUGUAUUUUGGUCAAACUCCUAAAGAAAUUACAAAGACAAUUGGUCAAUUUAAUAGUGGAACAUAUAAUAAUCAAUGGAUGAUUAUUAAUUUAAAUUCUAUUGAAAAAAAUGCACAGAGAAAGAAAAAUAUAUUAUAUAUUGGUGAACAAAUGCCAGGAAAAUAUAUUGUAAAAGAUGUAACAUCAAUAUUAAUUAAUCAAACAUAUUGGGCAUCAUAUAAUAUUCCAUAUAUUAAAGAAAUUUUUGAAUCAAGUGGAUAUUUAAAGAAAAUGGAAUUAGGAAAGAAAGAGUAUAAUUAUACUGGGUCUUCUCGUGCUUUAAUAUUUACAAGAGAUGGUGCAAGAAUUCAUUCAAUUGAUGAUGUUAAAAAAUUAAUGACAAUGAACCAUUAUAAAACUGAUCCAAUUUCAAAUAAACCACGAAACCAAAUUGCUGCUCGAUAUGACCUUGAAAUAGAUAGUGAUUAUAAAUUCCCAUUUGGAGCUGUAGAUUGUAAAAUAGGAGCUGCUUCAUUAAAAUAUAAAACAUUAGCAUAUUGUGGACCAACACAUGAAGGAGGACUUCCACCAUUUAACUGGGAAUUAUUUCCAUCAAUCCAACAUUGGGGAACUCCUCGUGUUUAUAAUUUUGAUUGGGUUAAAAUGAAUCCAUCUCUUUAA